CAGCCAGCUUCUGUCUCGUCCCACUCACUCUCACUGUCAGAGCCCGGCGUUGACAGCCACUAGUCAGCCCACUUUGUCCGGGGGUUUGAGUGCUUGCAAGAACCGCUGCAGAAAGAAAAGACACAGAAAUCUUUUUCUUUGCAAAAUCACUCCUAAAGCCACUCCACUUCUCGUAGAAAGUCUUUUUUUUUUGUAGAAAAUCACUGUCUAACCUUCUUGCAAAAAUGUCUGGAGAAGACGCACCUGCCCAGCAGCAAAACGCCGUGGACCAGAAGCAGGACUCCAAGCCUACCGAGGAGCCCAAGACCGAGCAGGAGCCCGCCCCCGCCGCGGCUGGCGAGGCAGCAGCAGCGACUGCAGCUGCGGCGGCAGCGGAGACCGCCGAGAAGGUACCCGAGGAAGAGGCGUUCACGUACCGCGCUCUGGUGCUCACCGGCUACGGCGGCUACGACAAAGUGAAGCUGCAAGUUAAGAAGGGUAAACCGACCCUCAAGGCUGGAGAGAUCCAGGUUCGAGUUAAGGUCUGCGGGCUCAACUUCGCCGACCUGAUGGCACGCCAGGGGCUCUACGACCGGCUGCCGUCACCCCCCGUCAGCCCCGGCAUGGAGUGUUCCGGGGUGGUGGAGGCUGUCGGGGAGGAAGUGACCGACAGAAAAGUGGGUGACAAAGUGAUGGUGCUGAGCCGCUUUGGGCUGUGGCAGGAAGUGGUGGUGGUGCCAUCCAAGCACACCUUCCUCAUCCCGGAGGGCAUGAGCUUCGAGGAGGCCGCCGCACUCCCGGUCAACUACAUCACCGCCUACAUGAUGCUCUUUGACUUUGGCAACCUGCGACCCAACCAGAGCGUCCUCAUCCACGCCGCCGCAGGCGGCGUGGGCACUGCGGCUACGCAGCUGUGCAAGACGGUGAAGGACGUCACCGUGUUCGGGACGGCGUCGGCCGCCAAGCACGAAACCAUCGGCCAGGCCGGCGUCACGCAUCCCAUCGACUACCGCACCAAGGACUACGUGGAGGAAGUCCGCAAGAUCAGCCCCAAAGGUCUGGACAUCGUACUGGACCCUCUUGGAGGAUCAGACACCCACAAAGGCUACAACCUGCUGAAACCAAUGGGAAAACUCAUCACCUACGGUGCCGCUAACAUGCUGGCGGGCCAGAAGAAGAACCUGCUAGCCGUGGCUAAAAACUGGUACCACCAGUUCUCCAUCCAUUCACUCAACCUGGUCCAGGGUAACAAGUCCGUGUGCGGCUUCCACCUGGGCUACCUUGAAGGGGAGACGGAGAUAAUCACCCAGACCAUGAACACCAUCCUGGACCUGUACAAGCAGGGCAAGGUCAAGCCGCACAUCGACUCCACCUGGCACCUCGAGCAGGUGGGCGACGCCAUGAGGAAGAUGCAGGAGCGGAACAACGUCGGCAAGGUGCUCCUCACCACGGAGCCCAUGCCUGAGGAGGAGAAGAAGGAGGAGGCGGCGCCGACCAAGAAGGAGGACAAGAAGAAAGACGACAAAAAGAAGGACGACAAGAAGAAGGACGAUGGCAAGAAGGAGGAGAAGAAGGACGACAAGAAGAAGGAGGAGGCCAAAAAGGAGGAGGCCAAGAAAGAUGAGCCCAAAAAGGAGGAGGAGAAGAAGGAGGAGCCUAAGAAGGAGGAGAAGUGAGGAGGAGUUUGCGUCCAGGGGAUCGGGGUGGGGGGGAGGAGGGUGGGUUGAUGAUGAUGAUGAUGAGGAGGAGGAGGGUUUGGCGGGAAGUUUUACAUAAUGAUCACGCCACACGUACGUUUCCAUUCUUUAGCCCCGCCCUUACGGCAGCAAUGAGUCAUGCCUGGCUCCGCCCACACGCCGUCUUCAUCCUUUCAAUGAAAAAUGUAACGAUGAAGUGGUGGGUGGAAUCCAGGCCUGAGGGUGUUUGGGGGGGGGGGGGCAUAUUUUUGACCACCACCGCCACCCCUUCCAUCUUUUGCUAAAUCCUUCUGCUCUGACAUCCACCUGCUCCCGUAAGCCCCGCCCUCUCCAUCUCUCGCCAUACCGUCGGCACCGCCCACAGACAGACAGACAAAAGGCUAACCACACCCACGCAUGUCGCCACCCCCCCACAGGGUCCAGUGCUCGGUCAUGUCUCCUUGAGAUGAGUCAGAGAGCCCUGUGAUUGGCGCCCCCGCCCCCCCUCCCCCGCCCCCCAGAGUUGCUUGCCUGACGAGAAAAAAGUAUUAGCAUCACUCCGUUAUCAAGAUUAGCCUAAUUAGACGAGCUCCAUGAUGGAGUUAAUAAUGGUGUGCUCAUAAAGAUCUAUCUGUGUUCAAAUGGGGGAGAGCGAGGGACGGGGGUGGGUGACUGCUAGCCCCCCCCCCCCGAGCUGAAAGAAGCCCUGUGACACCGACACAGUGAUCAGCGACAGCCAUAAGCAACGCGGCGACCCGCACGGCCUCCUUCCCCGGCGCUCCUUUUCAACCGAACCGGGGGCCUGUCCGUCACCCUGACCCCGGGAGAGGAGGAUUCAGUCCAAGCUGGCGCGCCCUUGCUUUGCCUCCCAUCCACCCCCCACUUCUUCCUCCCUCUCUAGUUGCCUCUCUGCGGUCGGCAUAGCAACAGGCGUCAAGGCUUGUCAAGAGAUGGCACUGUGUUUCAGCCUCUUCCUGCUAAAUACCCCCCCCACACACACACACACAUAUACACACACACCCGCGCUCGCUCGCGCCCACCCCGGCCCCUGUCCCCGCCCCAUCCCUUCAAGUAUUACAAUGAGUUCUCGGAGAUGACCCUGAGAAAAUGUGCACAUUCCCUUCAUUUUAAAUCCACUCUUAGCAUGUACAAUUGAGGUAAAAUAAUAGCGAACGGCUCCCCCUAGUGGCUGCCAGGUAUAUUGUCUCCAUGCAUCACAGUAUGUAUUAUUGAAACUUUUAGUUUUCACACUAUGGGGAGCAAAAAUGUGUAAAAUCAGUAUUACAAGGCCAUUUUUUUAACUUCAUAUGGGGACUAAUCAAUCAAUUAAUCACAUUUUGAAGUAUAUUUUUUCUUGAAUGUUCUGUGCCCCUAUUUUCAAGCAAAAUAGUUCCAUGAGUCCAUGAUUAUUAUCAUACAUAUUUCCCUUGGCUAUUCUUGUUUUUGUGCCUUUUCCAGUUAAAUUAGGGGUUACCACGCCACCUGUUGAAUUGGAGUGCACAUGGCAGCGCCUAAAGUCUGUCUGUGAGCGGUGUGUCCCCCCCCCACCACCACCACCUGAUGGUGACAAGUGGAAUUAAUGUAAAAAAAAAAAAAAAAAGUUAGCAUGAGUGGCCUCCCUCAUGUGUGCUGUGCGUGCCGUUGUGUGUGAAUUUGUGUGCGUGUGUGUGUGUGUGUGUCCUCAGGUCGUUUGUCACCUACGACCCCCUACCCUACCCUAUUACCCCCCCCCCCCCCCCAGUGUGAUAAGAGGCCUAUGCUAGGAGGACAAAGUGGUGUUUUUUUAUGUUUUUGCACUCUGCUCGCUGAUCCUAACGCACUUACCGAGCAUGGCGCUCACACUCUAGCCACUCGCUUCCAUUCGUUAACGUACAAACUUUUCCCACAAGUGAUCGGCUCCAAAUAAAAAGUGGUUUUGGGGGUUUGGCGCCCCCCCCCCCCCCCAAAAAAAAAAGUCCAGUGGGCUGGAGUGUGAGCGUCACGCGGGCGUGGGGAGCGCGUCUUAUCCGCCUCUUUGUUAUCGAUGUUCUGUUUCUAAUCUGCUGGGCUCCCUUUGUGAACCUGUGCACGGUGCUUCUGUUCCCGAGUGCCAUGUGACCACUUAAUAUUUUCUUUUUUGUUUGUUUUUUGUUUUUUUGGGGGGGUUAUCUAAGGGUUUAAAGAGUCAAGAGUUUAUGGGAUCCUUUUUUUUUUAUGAAUUAAGCUGUCUUUUGUGUGUCUGAACCACGUGUGCCAAAAUUGACAUGUAUUAUUCCUCUUUGUCAAUGCUUUGAAUAUUUACAGUGCAUAAAAAAUAUAUAUAUAUGAAUCAUAA